CCCCCACGGCGUUCUAUUGCUAAAGACGUAGCUGUUUCGCUUUGAUGUCCGCCGCGGUAUUUGCGGCCACCGAGCCGGGCGGCAGGCUGCUGUUUUUUGACGGACACUCUCCAACAGCUCUCACGUCGAGAUGAUGCGCGGAAAAACCGUAAUAAUCACCGGAGCCAACAGCGGCAUCGGUCGGGCGACGGCGACCGAGCUGCUGAGAAUGCAGGCCCGAGUGAUCAUGGCGUGCCGGGACUGGCAGAGGGCCGAGGAGGCGGCGCGGGACAUGCAAAGGGAGGCCGGGCCGGAUGGGGGGCAGCUGGUGGUGAGACAGCUGGAUCUGGCCUCUCUCGAGUCGGUGCGGCGUUUCUGCGCGGAGAUCAGUAAGGAGGAGGCCCGGGUUGACGUGCUGAUCAACAACGCCGGGGUCUACCAAUGCCCCUACACCAAGACCGAGGACGGCUUCGAGAUGCAGUUCGGCGUCAACCACCUGGGCCACUUCCUGCUCUCGGUGCUCCUGCUGGACCUGCUGAAGAAGUCGGCACCCAGCCGCAUCAUCGUUGUCUCCUCCAAGCUGUACAAGGGCGGUGAGAUCAACUUCGAGGACCUGAACAGCGAGGGCAGGUACGAUCGGGCCUUUGCCUACAGCCGCAGCAAGCUGGCCAACCUGCUCUUCACGGUGGAGCUGGCCAAGAGGCUGGAGGAUACGGGGGUGACCGUCAACGCUCUGACGCCGGGCAUCGUCCGCACCAACCUGGGCAGGCAUGUCAGCGUGCCUCUGCUGGCCAGGCCCCUGCUCAAGCUAGCCUCCCUGGUCUUCUUCAAGUCUCCCCUGGAAGGCGCCCAGACCUCCGUCUACCUGGCCUGCUCCCCUGACGUGGAGGGCGUCCAGGGCAAGUGUUUCGCUGACUGCAGAGAGCAGGACCUGCUGCCCAAGGCGACCGACGAGGAUCUGGCCGGCAAGCUGUGGGACAUCAGUGAGGUUAUGGUUGGCCUGACUCAGUGAGGUCCCUCUGUGCUGGAGGCGUUCACUGGCUUGCGAGUGAAGCACUGCCUUUUAUCACAGGAGGUCACACUCGCCGUUUGUGUUAUGAAGUGAAAAGCUUGCUGGUAAUUGUGUUCUGAAAUCCGUGCUUUGACAGCUCCUGCUGACUCGCUUUACACUCUAACAGCGCGGUGACCUCUCCAGAGAGCCUAAGCAGCCCGACGCGGCCGGCAGGGGAAAGGCCGUCACGUCGCCCAUUAGGAAUGAAGCUUUUUUUCAGUGUUGGCCGUUGAAACGGCUUGAAUUGAUGGCGGUUGUCAAAUGUGCUCUUGAAAUAGCAACUUGCACGCUGAUGUCACUUUUGAGGUGAGUGGUCGGUGAAUUGCGUUUAAAUGUUAAUAUGCAUUGGUUUUUAUUUGCACAAAUAAACGUGAUUUUUAUGUUU